AUGGGCGGGGCGGUGUCCGGUGGCGCGGCGGUUGGGGAUGCGGCGGGGGCGGCGACGUACCCGGUCGUGCUCAACGUGUACGACCUGACGCCGAUUAACAACUACCUCCACUGGUGCGGGCUUGGCAUCUUCCACUCUGCCGUCGAAGUUCAUGGAUCGGAGUACAGUUUUGGAGCACAUGAGCACCCAUCGAGUGGUGUUUUUGAGGUGGAACCAAAGAACUGCCCAGGGUUCAUAUACAGAUGUACGGUUUUCAUAGGCCACACAACUCUGAAUCCCUUGGAAUUUCGAGAAUUCAUUCAGAGGAUGGCCUCAGAAUACCAUGGAGAUACCUACCACCUCAUUUCUAAGAACUGUAACCACUUUACGGAUGAUCUUAGCACCAGAUUAACAGGAAAACCAAUUCCUGGUUGGGUCAAUCGACUUGCAAGGCUAGGCGCCUUUUGCAACUGCCUUCUACCAGAAAGCAUGCGGCUUGAGUCAACUGAGACAAAGCAUCUUGCAGACUGUCGUUUCUCAGAUGGUUCCAACACCACCAGCAACGAUAACUUUGAUGAAGAUGACUUGGAAGACAAACACCUGCUUCCGACGUCUUCUGUUGGUGAAGACACAACUGUAAAAGUUCACAGAUGA